AUGAUUCCUCCGGGUAACGCGACUGAAGUCAGCCUUGAGAGGGUGGAGAAGGAGAACGACAUUCAGCCCCCCUCUCCUGCCUCCACUACCAGCCAAGAAUCAAAGCUCCAGAAAUUGAAACGAUCACUUUCUUUCAAGACCAAAAGUUUGAGGAGUAAAAGUGCAGACAACUUUUUUCAACAAACAAACUGUGGCACGAAGCUGCAAGUAGAUUUGCUAUCAGAAAUCACCUCUAGAUCAGGGCAGCUCCCUAAUUUGGAAAGUCAAAACUCUACUCCAACCAAUACCCAUCUCCAGCCAGAAGACAAGACUCACAUUUUUCAGGAACACAUCUUCAAAAAACCCACUUUCUGUGAUGUCUGCAACCAUAUGAUUGUUGGGACAAAUGCUAAACAUGGAUUACGCUGUAAGGCAUGCAAACUGAGCAUUCACCACAAAUGUGCAGAGAGCACUGGACAGCAACGGUGCAUGGGCAAAUUGCCCAAAGGUUUUCGCCGUUACUACAGCAGUCCCCUUCUCAUUCAGGAGCAGUUUGGCUGCAUCAAAGAAGUCAUGCCAAUUGCCUGUGGCAAUAAAGUUGACCCUGUGUAUGAAACACUUCGCUUUGGAACUUCUUUGGCCCAGAAAACCAAGAAAGGCAGUACUGGAAGUAGCUCGGAUUCUCCCAAAAGGAAUUCUACAUCAGAUCUGGCAGAAGUUCCUGAAGAAAGAGGCAGCCUAGGAAAUAUGUUUGACAUAAAUAGGCAACGCAGCAAUAGUGUAUUUACAUAUUCAGUAAACGGUAUGUUGGAUUUUGGAGAAGAACCAAAGAAAAUUAACUCUGCACUACAGGGAUCUCUUAAUAAAGAUACAGUUCAGAUGAAUACCUAUGUUGCCUUGUACAAAUUUGUACCACAGGAGCAUGAAGAUUUGGAAAUGAGACCAGGAGAUAGAAUUACACUACUGGAGGAUUCAAAUGAAGAUUGGUGGAAGGGAAAAAUAGAAGAUCGAACUGGUUUUUUUCCUGCUAAUUUUGUUCAAAGAUUACAAGAUGAAAAAGUUUUCAAAUGUAUCAGAACAUUUAUUGGAUGCAAGGAACAAGGACAGAUAACUCUAAAAGAAAACCAAAUCUGCAUAACUUCAGAAAAGGAACACGACGACGGGUUUAUCAAAGUAUACAGUGGGAAGAAAAAGGGCUUUGUCCCAGUAGAUGUCUUAGAAAACAUCUGAAAUUUGCCCGCUCAGCAACUGCAGUACAGUAGUGAAGCUUUGCCAGCAAGACCUGUCUGCUUCAUUUUGCACUGUGUCUACCCAAACAAGCUGUCUUAAAGAUGACUAGGGAAAUCAGGAGACAACUAC